CCAUCGACACUAGCUUCUCCCCUACGCUGGUCUCUUCUUUCGAGAGCCCCCGCGCUUUUCAGAACUCACACGAUCGCGCCCCGUUUCCUACUAGGCUACUACGAUAGACAUUAGAGAUGUCUCUUGACUCUCUUCCAUUUCGCGCACGUCCAUCAGAGCACCACUUCCCGUGACUUACAACUCUGCAUCAUCACUCGAGCAUUAUCGGACUAGGGUUUCAACGAUUUCCCUUCGGGCUAUUGGUUUUGCUCUGGAUUUCCUUCGGUUAUGGGAAACUUAGCCGCUAAUUUCUUCGGUAUCAAACCCCUAAGCUAGGGUUGUGUAUCGGCGGUGAUGGGGAAGAGGAGCGCCAUUGUUGUAGUAUCAUCAGACGACGAGGAUGGGGACUUCUCAAUGGGUUAUAAGUUGAGCCAUUCGAGCGCCAAAUCAAGGCCGUCCUCGGUUCCACAUCCUAGUAAUAGAAGGACGAAGAAGACUCGCCUUUCUGAUCCUUCUGCUCUGUCGCGCACUGCAUCCAAUGGGUUUGAUGAGCUUAAACUUUUCUACGAUGACUUUAAAGAAAGUUUUAGCGGUUUCAAGAUAUCCACUGGUUCUGGCAGGAGCAAUGAAAAGGACCUAUGGGUGGACAAAUAUAGGCCCCAUUCCUUGGAAGAACUUGCUGUUCACAAAAAGAAGGCUGAAGAAGUUAAAGUGUGGCUUGAGGGAAGAUUGAGAAAGGACAAGGAAGAGUUUCCUAAUAAUGUCCUUGUCAUUACUGGACAAGCUGGAGUUGGAAAAUCUGCGACUGUCCAUGCGAUUGCAUCUCAUCUUCAAGCCACUGUGUAUGAAUGGAAGACACCUACUCCAACAAUUUGGCAUGAACAUUUGUAUAACAGCAAUUCAGGGUUAUGCUACACUUCGAAGCUGGAUGAGUUUGAAAGCUUUGUUGAGAGGAUAAGGAAGUAUGGAUUAUUUCCCUCUUCCUUAAAUGGAGGAUCACAAACAUCAAUCAUACUUCUAAUUGAUGAUCUUCCUGUAGCAAAUGGAAAAGUUGCUUAUGAAAGAUUAAGCAGGUGCUUGCAUCUUCUUGUGCAAUCUGCUCCAAUUCCAACAGUCAUAUUGAUCACGGAAUGUGGAAAGGUGGAGUCUUCGGAUAUUAGCUCACAGUCCUGGGAAGAAAUUCAGUUAUCUCUUCAGAAAGCUGGUGCUUCUAAGGUGGCUUUCAAUCCUAUUACAGUAAAUUCCAUUAAGAAGACGCUUUUUAGAUUAUGCAGGGAAGAGCAUUGUAACUUGAAUGCUGAACAGAUUGAUCUAAUAGCAAAAGCAAGUGGAGGAGAUAUCAGACAUGCGAUUACAUCUUUACAGUACUUCUGUGUGAAACCAAACUUGAGGGUGUCACCCUUUUCCAAUGGCACUGACUCUUCUUCAAAAGAAAGAUCAGAUGAGCUCAACCAUUUGGAUGACAGGUUUUCUUUACCCUUUGGCAGAGAUGAGACUAUUUCUCUCUUUCAUGCCCUGGGAAAAUUUCUUCACAACAAAAGAGAGGCACAAAAUUCAUUCUCAUUGGAGCAAGAUACAUUUCUUGUGAAGAAGAGAUUUGCCAGGCCUGCAUUGAAAAUGGAAGCCCCAGAAAAGGUUCUCUGUAAAGCAUAUGGGCAAGCAAGGCCAGUUGCUGAUUUUCUACAUGAAAAUGUUCUGGAUUUCCUGAGCGAGGAAGCCAUUGAUGAUGCAUGGAUUGUGUCUUCAUACUUGAGUGAUGCUGAUUUCCUUCUUGCUUCACUUAGAGGGGUGCUCAACAGAAAUUAUGAGGCAGAGAAUGUUAUACAAUCUUCAGCUGCUUCAGUAGCCGUGCGAGGGGUACUUUAUGGAAAUUCUCAUCCGUUGCCUUCCAGGUGGCACGCAAUUCGACGUCCGAGUCUUUGGCAGGCCGAACAAUCAUUACGGCACAAUAAGCUGGAGCUGCUAACCAAGAGAUUUGUUGCUUACGAGGGCAUGAGCUUAACUGACGUGUCGGUUAUUGCUACCGACUUUAAACCCGUCCUCAAAUGGAUCGGUUUUAGAGAAUCUGAAGGUCCUGAAGUGGACCGUGUAUCAAGAAAGGAUAGCAGGACGCCAGACGAUGAAAUCUGUGUCGGUAGCAAUUUGGACAGUGAAGAUAGUGAAACCACGGAUGAUGAAAUAGAAGAUUGGUGAGUCAAGGUGGGUGGGUUUUGCAUUUGUAAAUAUUGUAAAAUUUAUUAGAUUUUAGGGCGACUUCCCAUUCAGCCAGUUUUUUUUAUCAUUCUAGUGGUUUUUGGAAUUUCCGAGUCCCAACUGCCUGGAAAUUCUUAAUUUUGAAGUGAAUAGCAGUUGCCGUCUUCAGUUUUGAUAUUGCAAAUUGCAAAUGUUCCCUGUUUGAACUCCCAA